UUCAGGUGGAAUAAUAAUAAGUAAUGCAGUAGCAGGAAAAAAGAACAAUACAAUUAUUUUUCUCUGCUUUUGGCUGUGAAUUUGAUUCAUCUCUCUGCUCCACUCCCAUGGCUUUCCUACACAACAGACCUAUCUUCUCCCCCCUGCGAUCUCAUUCUCAGAAAACGGCGGAUUUUUUAUGUGAAUCGAGGAGGGGAACACACACAGAAACAGCGCCAGGUGCUCGCGAGAAGGCUCUAUUAGCACCCGAUCCUGCUCUAGAUCGAUUUAAAUCAUACAAGAAGAGUGUGAAGCGUGUUAAGAAGAUAGGAGAUGUUCUCACUGUCGUCGUUGUUGCUGGAUGUUGCUACGAGUUAUAUGUAAGAGCUACAACGCGGAAAUAAUAUGAUGGAAGUGCUUAAUGAUAUCCCCCUUCUCCCUUGAUGUAUUUUCACUACCUUAGUUUACUGGUUAUGAUUGUUGUUGGGUUGUGAAGUUUUCACUUUUUAAGUUUCUUGGCCAAGAUCUUGUUUGUUACUAGAAAUAAGGCUACUGAAUUCCAAGUUAUAGGCAUCUGAUCUUGGCAUAGUUAUUGCAGCAGAACAGUUUGAUGGAUUAAAUAAGCUCUGUUUUAAAGAAGAAACUGCAAUGCAACGGUAACUUGUAUUUGAUGUUGAGGCUGUUAACUGCUUCUAAAAAAUGUUAUCAAAAAGACAAACUUUCACUUUUAA